AUCGCGUUUAACACGCAAAAUUCAUCAGAAUUACUACAGAUUCGAAUUGGUAAGGUUCAAGUUUUUAAAGUAGAAAAAAUGUGUUUAACCUGUUUGUGUUGCAAAAAGAAUACAAAAACUAUACCAAUUACGAACGAUGCGAUUCCGGUUACACCCAAGAAUCCCGGCACAUUUAUACAAAAAGAGACAAGCAAAGAUCGUGCAGUAGUAUCAUCGCAACCAGUUGGUCGUCCAAGACCAAAUAAUCUACCAGAGAAGGGCACAAAACGACCAAUUUCAUCGAUUCAAUUGCCCAAUAUAAAACUUCCCAAUUCUGGCCAUGCCAAUACACCAUAUAAUACACCAAGCAAUCCUCAAAACCCAGAUAUUGUAGUCAUCGAACCGGAAAAUCAAUUGAAUACCUCACAAAUUGCGACUGAUAGUAGGAAUGGAACUUCAGACUCCGAAAUCGUUGGAGAGCUAAUACCAUCGACCAUUGUCGAAAAUGGUCCCAAAUCGGAAUCAGAGCCAAAACCAAAUGCAGAAAGUCAAAUUUCGACUUCGCAAAUCGUCAUUAAAAGUGGAACUAAUACUGAGUUUCCAAACCAUGAACAUGCUAGUGAAACACUUCAAACUACAGUGAUUUCAUCAAAAACUGUUGAAAAAACGCGAGAAAAUGGUGAAAUUAUAAAUGGCAAAAGUGAAAUUGAGAAAAAUUUGUCUCAAAGAACCGCGGUAAGUUCAUCAAACAUUGAAUCAACCAAAUGUGAAGUACAUUCAGUUACAUCAUCAACAACGAAGGUGACUUUAUCACAAUCGACAAGUGCUGGACUGAUUAAUGGGGUUAUCGCUUCGGAAACAACAAAUGAUUUAGCUAACAAAAAUGUGAUUUCAAGUGUAAAUGAACAACCUGCUUUAGUGGUUGUUUCGGAACCGGCCGGCCAAAUCGAUUCAAAAAUCGAGGUUACUCCAUCAGAACCGAUAUAUGCUGUGCCCCAAAAGAAAAAGGAAGAACAUCAAAUGUUAACCACUGAAGUCGUUGUUGGUUGUUCCCCGGUGGAUAGCUCGAAGAAAACUGAUUCAACUCAACAAAUGGCUGCAACGAUUGAGGUCACUUCAUCUGAACCAAUUUAUGCGGUGCCCUAUAAAAAUAAAGAGGCAGAGUUAAAUGGGCAUAUCAAAGUGGAAAGUGUUGAAUUGCGAGAUUCCAAGGAAAUAAAUCGAGAGGUGUCCUCUGAAAAUCGAAGCAGUACCUUUGAAGCAUUCAAAAAUUUCGUGGGUGGAUUAAUGUCAUCAGUUUCAUCACAUUCAUUGUCGGCUGAACCAAAAUUAAAUGGAGAUAGUCACAUUUUAUCUUCUGUAAUCGUCAACGAUAGUGAUAAGAUGUCUAAAGAUUCUGCAGUUGAUGUAAAAGUAGAAUCAAAAAUUGAAGAUGUACCGGAAUUGAAUAAAAACUCGGAAGAAAAUCAAGUGGUUACUACUCAAAUUCUUACGAAUGGUUCAACAGACGUUGGCUUAUUAAGUCCUGCGUUAGUUAGAGAAGUUACAACUUCCAAAAUUGAUGUGCUCCCAUCAGAAUUCUUUCUUUUCAACGAUGCAAUUUCAUCAUCUGUUACAACAAAAAGUAGCUCUUUUGUCGAGUUACCAAAUGAUGGAUACCACAAAGAAGUGUCAUCAUCAACAGUUGAGGUGAUUUCAUCGCAACCAAAAUCGGAAAUGGAUAUACUUGGAAACGAUGAAAAUCAUGUUAUUUCUACGGUAACUGUUACAACUGGUCCAACUAUUAUUGAACACUCUACAUCGGAGUAUAAUUCAAAAACUGACCUAUCUUCAGAAUUGACGGCAUCCAAAAGUUCUUUCGAAGAAAGACAUACGGCGAGCACAUCGUAUGAGUCAACAACCGAGCAGCAUUUUACUAGCACUCACGCAUAUAGCAGCAGCAGUUACGAUCAUCACGUUGAUACCUACGAUUCAUAUGAUCGCAGCUCACCAGUUGACCAUAGCAGUAGCUACGAUACACACGAUUCAAACGACGGUAGUACAUUUGAUUGUGACUAAUUUCAUUUAACUUUCAAAUAUUAUACUGUAUAAUAAUCCAUCAUUGAAUCGAUGAAAAAAUAAAAUAUAAACAUGUGCAGAAAUCGCAAAUAAAAGGAUAUUCGAUUCAUUAAAAUUGUUAAACUGUUGAA